AUGCUCUGCUCACCUCAUUAUCAAGUUAUUAUUGAACCGCCUUUCUCACACUGCUGUCACAUCCUGCUCCCCCUCCUCCCCCCCUCCUCCUCCCCCAUCCUCCUCCCGAACUCCUCCCACCCGUCCCCUCCGGCUGAAUGGGCCACGCCCACCUUCACCCGCGCUGCCCAGGUCAGGGUCGGCGCCACGUUUGUCCUCUUCGUCUUCGCCGCCUGCAGCAACCUGGCCCUGUUGAUCAGCGUAUGGCGGGGCCGCGGCCGACGCUUGGCCUCCCACCUGCGCCCGCUCAUCAUGAGCCUGGCGUCGGCGGACCUGAUGAUGACCUUCGUGGUGAUGCCGCUGGACGCCGUGUGGAACGUGACGGUGCAGUGGCGCGGCGGCGACGUGCUGUGCCGGCUGCUGUCCUUCCUCAAGCUGUUCGCCAUGCAGUCGUCCGCCUCCAUCCUCGUGGUCAUCAGCCUGGACCGCCAGCACGCCAUCCUACACCCCCUGGACUCGCUCAGCGCCCACCACCGCAACCGGCGCAUGCUGGGCCUGGCCUGGAGCCUGAGCUUACUGCUGGCCUCACCACAGCUGUUUAUAUUCGGGGCACUGAAGGCUGAAGGAGUGGACUUCACGCAGUGUGUUACACACGGCAGCUUCCCCCGGCGUUGGCAGGAGACCCUCUACAACAUGUUCCACUUCGUUACGCUCUACGUCGUCCCCCUGCUGGUCAUGGCCUGCUGCUACUCCCGAAUCCUCCUCCACAUCAACCGCCAGCACCAGCAGAACAAGGCCGGAGAGUCAUACCUGAGGCGCAGCGGAACAGACAUGAUCCCCAAGGCUCGCAUGAAGACCCUGAAGAUGACCAUCAUCAUCGUGAUGACCUUCAUCGUGUGCUGGACUCCGUACUACCUGCUGGGCAUCUGGUACUGGUUCCAGCCACAGAUGCUGGCGGUGACACCCGAGUACGUCCACCACGGCCUGUUUGUGUUCGGGAACCUCAACACCUGCUGCGACCCCAUCAUCUACGGCUUCUACACGCCCUCCUUCAGGGCCGACCUGAGCGCCUGCUGCUGCUGCCCCGCCCCCAGCGCCGCCGGGGCCUCCCCCAGGUCUCUGGACCGCCUCUCCGCCCGACAGCAACCCCACAGCGGGGAGCCCGACUCGGACCCAGCCAGCGCCCACCACACAUAG